AUGGCCGACCCUCGCAUGGGCAAGAAUUCCGCCUCGCCCACCGAUGACAAGACCUUCCCGUUCAUGCGCCUUCCGGGCGAACUCCGCAACCGCGUCUACAGACACAUCCUCGCCGACUCGCCGCCCACCAACCUCAUCCUCUCCCUAAUCCGCUCGGUCGACCGCCGCGCUUCUUUCGCCGAGAACCACCCCAGACGUCCAUAUCUCGGUCUCACUCAAGUCAGUCGCACGACCCGCGCUGAGUUCGCACCACUGUACGCCAAAGUGCGCAAGCCGUCGAUUCCACUGCGUUUGGCGGCACAAUGGCUAGCCAUGUUUCCGCUAGCGGAUCGUGUAGCGGCGCGCGGCGCGUAUGCUGCUCUAGUGGCGUUGUACGAGCCGCCCUUGCCGCCUGCACCAGGUGUGGAUAUCAUUCCCUUGCUCUCAAUCGACUGGAGUAAUCAGGCGUUCAACCUCAGUCUCCCAGGCAAGUACCACGUUUGUCGUCCCCGGCCACCGCCCGAAAUCGAUAUCAUGGUGCAGUUGCUGCAUGCUCGUCCGGACUAUCGCUACUUGCUCAACACGGACAUCAUCGCUGUUGGGAUCACGGUCGAAUGGCGUCGAGUCGUCUUGCGUGGGUUUGAUAAGCCUGUCUAUAGCAAGAAUGUAGUGUUCACGUUGAUUCUUGCGCCGUCGCUGAAUGGCACGGGGAAUUUGGAGGCCGAGAAGGUGGUCGUGGGGAAGUUUGUGAGGGAUACGGGGCUAGAUUUGCAUCCGCGCCAUUGUGACAUCAACGUGCGGUGUAAAGCCGGGCGGUGGUUGCUGUCUUGGGACAACGUGCUGUCGUCGGAAAGGGUGUUCGUGGACAUAGCGGAGGCGCGAUGA